ACUUAAUUUCAUUAUAUAUUUCUCUUAUGAUGAUAUUUUUUUUAAUUUGUAUCUUGUUUUUGGUUGCUUUUGAUAUACUUCUCUAACCACUUUUUAACGAGUUACUCGCUGUAUUCACAGACUUUAAAAAUUAAUUAUAUUUUAGUAAUACUUUUUUUAAUAAAUAUAUUAAACACGCGGUAUUAAAUAUUAUCAUGACAAGUGCAGAUAGAAUCGACUUUGAAAUGGAGGUGGAGGUUGAGAGCGCUUCCUCAGGACCGCCAGUGGAGACUACUAAUCCAGCAUCCCCGGCACCGCCGACUCCGGGAGGCAAUAAAAGUGUUGUGGUGACUACUGCCACUUCAGGUUCAGUAACAGUGUCCCUUCACCCCCUGGUCAUCAUGAAUGUUUCUGAGCACUGGACCCGUUUACGAGCACAAGAAGGGUCUCCACAAACAGUGAUUGGUGCACUUAUUGGCAAACAAAAAGGCCGUAAUAUAGAAGUAAUGAACUCUUUUGAAUUGGUCUUUAGUGUUAUUGAAGGAGAUAUAAUUAUAGAUAGAGAUUAUUAUAAUUUGAAGGAAGAACAAUUUAAGCAAGUAUUCUCAGAUAUGGAUUUCUUGGGUUGGUAUACCACAGGAGAUACACCUACUGAACGCGACAUUGCUGUACAUAGACAAAUAUGUGACAUCAAUGAAUGUCCAGUAAUGCUUAUGCUUAAUCCCGCAGGAAGAAAUGGAGAUCAAUUACCAGUGGUGUUGUAUGAAUCUGUAAUAGAUGUAGUAAAUGGACGUGCCACAAUGCUGCUGGCACCGCUUACAUACACAUUAGCUGCUGAAGAAGCAGAGAGAAUUGGCGUAGACCAUGUUGCCAGGGUAUCUUCUGGUGAAGCUGCUCUCAACAGUUUGGUGGCGGAGCACCUGACCGCGCAGCGGUCGGCGAUCAAGAUGCUGGUGUCGCGGGUGCGCGCGGUGCUGGCGACGGUGCGCGCGGUGCGCGCGGGCACGCUGCCGCCGCGGCCCGCGCUGCUGCGGGAGGCGCGCGCGCUCGCACACCGCCUGCCCUUGCUCACCUCGCACCAGUUCCGCACCCACUUCUACAACCAAUGCAACGAUGUGGCGCUUAUGACUUACCUCGGCACUAUUACGAAAGGUUGCAACGCGAUCAAUCAACUAGUAAACAGAUUCAACGUCCUCUACGAUAGACAAGGCAUGGGCCGUCGAAUGAGAGGGCUCUUCUUCUAAAGUAGUUGUUAGUAUUAUACUUGAAUAUACAUACUCUGUUACUCUGGUCUCUGAAGUGUAUAGAAUAAAUAAAGAAAAUCAGUUUAUGUUAUACCUAAUAAAUUAUUCUGUUAAUAUUUUACAUUUGCAUAAAAAAAAAAAAAAAAUGAUAAAUAUUAAUAGUUUUUUAUUUUAUUUUUAUUUUGGUUAUAAUUAAUCAAAGAGGUACAGAAGAUUGGAUUAAUUAAUAUCGAUACCAAAUUUAAGGCAAAACUGAUUAAAUGAACUACAAUAAACUGUACAAUAUUGGGGUCCGUUCUGAAGCGUCAUUCUCUGCCUAUAUAUAUUACGAAAAUAAAAAUUUUUAUUUAUUACAGCGAAAUAAAGGACUAGUAUGAAUGAAAUUUUUAAUAUGAGUAGAUCUGAGUCUAAGCUAGUUAGUACAUGUUUGAUGUAACAUAAUACUUUCAUUAUAGUAUUAAUUCAAUUAGUUUUAAAAAUAGGUUUAGGGAAUUGCACAUCAGAAUCAGCCACAUGUAUAUAUUGCAAAUGAAAAAAAAAACAAAACAUUUUUCUAUAUAUAUAUAUAUAUCCCUAUGAUUUUGUUAUUCACAUAUAAACUACUCCUGAACUCCUUUAAUAUGAAUUUGUAAAGAUAUAUAAGCAUGAUUUUACUUAAUGAUAGAGAAAUUCUGAUUUGUCCAACUAAUAUUACUGCGUGGUUAGUACUUCAUGCCAAUAUCAUUCGAGUGCUAAAAACGAUUGAAUUUAGCGAUAGCCAAGAAGUUUUCCUUUUAAUCUAUUUCUAUAAUUUGCAUUUGGGAUCAGCGCGGUAGUUCAAUUUGCAUAGGAAUAAACACCUUAAUGAAUUUGUGUAAAGACUAUUUGUCCUGAAGCAAUGGAAUGACAUUGCUUCAUGACACAUAUCGUCAUAGUCGUAGAAUACUGACGGUUCUGACAAAGAUUAUAUAUAAAGAUCCGUCAGUAUUCUACGACUAUGACGAUAUUAUUUCAUCUAAACAGUGUUUUUCAAAGUAUGGGUUGCGAUGCCGACCCCUAUGAGUAAGCGAUCGUUUCUCAAGGAGGUUGUGCCUUUUUCAGUAAAUUUGAGAUUAGGUAAAUUUCGGGAUUGGGGUUCUUUUUUAAAUUAUAUCAGUGUCGCGGUAUGAAUUAGUUUGAAAAACACUGAAUUAAAAUAAUUGCUUCAAAUUUAGUUGGCAAAUAAGUGUUAUAUAUAUUCAGGAUAUCUCUAUGGUUCAAUUAUGUAUAAUUAUAUAGUUCAAUGAUGGGAUAAUAGUGAACAGUCAUUUCCAUGGAACUUUUGGAACAGAUAUCGGCCUUUGUGGAACUACGUAAUUAAAACUGUAGGGAUAUCUUUAUCUUCGUAACUCUUUAACGCUAGUGAGAUAUAUUAUGUUUAACUAUUAAAAGGAAUGUUAGUACACAUUAUAUUUUAACUGUAAGGCUAACCGGAUUGACUUACGUGUAUUUUAGUUGACAAUGCCCAACUAGUUUUGGGACCAAUCGGGACUCUUAAUUAUGAGCAACCGUGACGUGAGAUGGUUGGUGUUCAACGUGCCGAGGCUCGCAGUCAGGCUCAUUCUCGACUAAAAUACAAGUAAGACAAUCCGGCUAGCUUUAUGGUUAAACUAUUAAUUUGUAUGAAGACUAGUUGUCAUGACUGAGUAAAAUUAAUACUUAAUAGACACUUUAAUAAAUAUUAUGAUAUA